CCGCCCGGCCCGGCCGCGGAACAGGCUCCUGGGACCAUGGGCCUCAGGCCCUGAGGACAGGAGGCUCCCUGUGGCCAUGACGACAGGUGACUGUUGCCACCUUCCUGGCUCCCUAUGUGACUGCUCCAGCAGCCCUGCCUUUUCCAAGGUUGUAGAGGCCACAGGGCUUGGGCCACCUCAAUAUGUAGCACAAGUGACUUCAAGGGAUGGCCGGCUGCUCUCAACCGUCAUCCGGGCUUUGGAUACACCAAGUGACUGUCCCUUCUGCCGAAUCUGCCAUGAGGGAGCAAAUGGGGAGAAUCUGCUGUCCCCAUGUGGCUGCACUGGCACACUGGGAGCUGUGCACAAGAGCUGCCUGGAGAAAUGGCUGUCUUCCUCCAACACCAGCUACUGUGAGCUGUGUCACACGGAGUUUGCAGUGGAAAAGCGGCCCCGGCCUCUCACAGAGUGGCUAAAGGACCCGGGGCCGCGCACUGAGAAGCGGACACUGUGCUGUGACAUGGUAUGCUUUGUGUUCAUCACACCACUAGCCGCCAUCUCAGGCUGGCUGUGCCUGCGAGGGGCCCAGGACCACCUCCGUCUGCAUAGCCGGCUGGAGGCUGUAGGGCUCAUUGCCCUCACCAUUGCCCUCUUCACCAUCUAUGUGCUCUGGACACUGGUCUCUUUUCGAUACCAUUGCCAGCUGUACUCGGAAUGGAGGAAGACCAAUCAGAAAGUUCGCCUGAAGAUUCGGGAAGCAGAUGGCUCGGAGGACCCCCACCACUCCUUGCUGGCUACUGGACUUUUAAAAAAGGUGGCAGAGGAGACUCCUGUGUGAAGGCCUGGCUGGCAUGUCUCUGAGGUAGUGGACAGACCAGAGUCAGAUGGCAAUGCACUGGCAUUUGGAAAGAUGGAAGCUGCCUGACUUUUCAUGCACAGCUCUGAUGCUUCUCAGGCCAAUAGCCACAGCAAGCAGAGCCUGCUCUGUGAUCCUGUGUGAAUAUAUUUUCAAGGGUUUUGUUUUGCACAUUAUUGUAUAUGACAAGCACAGAUGGACAGAUUUGAGCUUUGGAUGGAGUAGGCACCCCUAUAUCUGAUAUCUGUUUGACACCUUUUGGACAGCAGCUUUAGCUGCUGGUGUCAAGGGUGCCCAUUGGACUCAAAGGUUCCAGCAAGCUUCUUGCAUUAUUCUGCACCUAGCUGGCUUGCUUUACUGGCACUCUUGACUUAUAAACUUAUAAAGUUGCACUGCAUUUCAAAAACCCACCCCUGAAUGAAUAAAAGGAGCCCUUGCUGGCUAAAAAAA